GCAAUCACCUGUCCAGCAUCUUCUGCACGAAUUAUGUUCAAACAUCACUCGACUCGCCCAGACUUUUCCCAACCGGAACUUCUCUCUUUAAGUGUGAUACUGAGCAUGCGCAGUCCUCUCGUGUGUUCGACCUCUACAACAAACCCGACAGCAGACGCCGACUCACUGCCAGCCUCCUUGGUGUAACCUGACCAACACAUCCCGUCAAAAUGUACGCCUGUGCUAAGUUCGUCUCCACGCCCUCACUGGUCCGUGCUGGAUCCCGGGCUCUGUACAGACCCCUCUCAGCUGCUGUGGUGUCUGAUGUCAGGGGAGUAGAGGCUACCUCAAUCCUGGCACCACAAAGCAUCAUGGCAUCCCAGCAGCAGACGGCGCUGCGCGGAUUCCAGACCAGCGCCGUGAGCCGCGACAUCGACACUGCUGCCAAAUUCAUUGGAGCAGGAGCUGCCACUGUGGGAGUGGCUGGGUCUGGAGCCGGUAUCGGAACAGUGUUUGGUAGCCUUAUCAUCGGAUAUGCCAGGAACCCCUCUCUGAAGCAGCAGCUGUUCUCCUAUGCCAUCUUGGGCUUUGCUCUGUCUGAAGCCAUGGGUCUCUUCUGUCUGAUGGUUGCAUUCCUCAUUCUGUUUGCCAUGUAACCAGUGAAUCACUUGAAACAGUACAUCACCAUGUUAACCAGGAUUAGCAGUUUGUUAUGCCCAAGAAUGGUACGAUGAUUAUACGCUAAUCAUGUUACUGAUUCUUUUUCAUGGGUGUGUCUUAGAUUGUGAGCCCACUGAUGUGACAAUGAAUCAAUGGCAAACUGAAGUCAUUAUGUUUGUAAUGACGGUUGUGAAUUUCUUCUAUUUUUUUGUUAAAGAGAACAUAAAACCAGUUACAGAUGUGAAAUACAUUUACAUCAUUAUUCAAAA